CUCCCCGCGCCGCCCCGCCCUCCGCCGCAGCCCGCGCCGGGGGUGGGGGCCGCCGCGCGCCAGCCCCCCGGCCAGCCGACCCCCCCACCCCCCUCCCCGCCGCUCCCUCCCCGCCCUCGCCGCGCCGUCGUCCUCGUCUCCUCUGCCUCUCCUUCCCCCGUUCUCCCGGAUUAAUUAAGGAGGCAGCGGCAGGAGGCUGAGUCCUGGCCGCGGGCCGGGGCCGGGACGCCGCUGGCAGGAGCGCUUGGGGAUCCUCCAAGAGCUUGACGUGUUCUUGAACCUGAUGUAAAUGGAGUCCUACAGCGUGACCUUCCCCUCCUGGGUUCUUCCAUCGUAUUUGCAAGAUUCGUCCAUGGUGGCAACCAUGGCCUUGCUGGGCAAGCGCUGUGACAUCCCUGCCAAUGGCUGCGGGCCUGACCGCUGGAACUCCGCCUUCACCCGCAAAGAUGAGAUUAUCACCAGCCUCGUGUCUGCCUUAGAUUCCAUGUGUUCAGCACUCUCCAAACUGAAUGCAGAAGUGGCUUGUGUCGCCGUGCACGAUGAGAGCGCCUUUGUGGUGGGCACCGAAAAGGGGAGAAUGUUCCUGAAUGCGCGGAAGGAGCUGCAGUCAGACUUCCUCAGGUUCUGCCGAGGGCCCCCAUGGAAGGAUCUGGAGGCAGAACACCCCAGGAAGGUGCAGCGGGUUGAGGGUAGUGGCCGGAGCAUCCCACAGGCCUCCCUGGAGCAUGGCUCGGACGUGUACCUUCUGCGGAAGAUGGUAGAGGAGGUGUUUGAUGUUCUUUAUAGCGAGGCCCUGGGAAGAGAAAGUGUGGUGCCGCUGCCCUAUGAGAGGCUGCUCAGGGAGCCAGGGCUGUUGGCUGUGCAGGGGCUGCCUGAGGGCCUGGCCUUCCGGAGGCCGGCUGAGUACGACCCCAAGGCCCUCAUGGCUAUCCUGGAGCACAGCCACCGUAUCCACUUCAAGCUCAAGAGGCCGCUGGAGGAUGGCGGGCGGGAAUCAAAGGCCCUAGUGGAGCUGAAUGGCGUCUCCUUGAUCCCCAAGGGGUCACGGGACUGCGGCCUGCAUGGCCAGGCCUCCAAGGUGCCACCCCAGGACCUGCCCCCCAGCACCACAUCCUCCUCCAUGGCCAGCUUCCUGUACAGCACCCCGCUCCCCAACCACACCAUCCGAGAGCUCAAGCAGGAAGCGCCCGCUUGGCCCCUCAUCCCCAGCGACCUGGGCCUGAGCCGGCCUGUGCCAGAGCCCAAGGCCCCUGGUGCCCAAGACUUCUCCGACUAUUGUGGACAAAAGCCCAUGGGACCUGGUGGGCCUCUCAUCCAGAACGUCCAUGCCUCCAAGCGCAUUCUCUUCUCCAUCGUCCACGACAAGUCAGAGAAGUGGGACGCCUUCAUAAAGGAAACCGAGGACAUCAACACACUGCGGGAGUGCGUGCAGAUCCUGUUUAACAGCAGAUAUGCGGAAGCCUUGGGCCUGGACCACAUGGUCCCUGUGCCCUACAGGAAGAUUGCCUGUGACCCGGAAGCUGUGGAAAUCGUGGGCAUCCCAGACAAGAUCCCUUUCAAACGCCCCUGCACAUACGGGGUCCCCAAGCUGAAGCGGAUCCUGGAGGAGCGACACAGCAUCCACUUCAUCAUCAAGAGGAUGUUUGAUGAGCGAAUUUUCACAGGGAACAAGUUUACCAAAGACCCCAUGAAGCUGGAGCCAGCCAGCCCGCCAGAGGAUACCUCUGUGGAGGUCUCUCGGGCCACCAUUCUCGACCUGGCUGGGAAUGCUCGGUCAGACAAGGGCAGCAGCAUCUCUGAAGAAUGCGGGCCAGGAACCUCUGGGGAGCUAAGCGGGCUGAGGCCGAUCAAAAUUGAGCCAGAAGAUCUAGAUAUCAUUCAGGUCACUGUCCCAGACCCUUCACCAACCUCUGAGGAAAUGACAGACUGGAUGCCUGGGUACCUACCGUCGGAGGAUUCUGGUUAUGGGAUGGAAAUGCUAACUGACAAAAGCCCCAGCGAGAACUCGAGGCCAGAAGAGAGGCCUGUGGAGGACAGCCAUGGUGACGUGAUUCGGCCCCUUCGGAAGCAGGUGGAGCUGCUCUUCAACACAAGAUACGCCAAGGCCAUUGGUGUCUCGGAGCCCAUCAAAGUGCCCUACUCCAAGUUUCUGAUGCACCCAGAGGAGCUGUUUGUGGUGGGGCUGCCUGAAGGCAUCUCCCUCCGCAGGCCCAACUGCUUUGGGAUCGCCAAGCUCCGGAAGAUCCUGGAGGCCAGCAACAACAUCCAGUUUGUCAUCAAGAGGCCUGAGUUGCUCACCGAGGGAGUCAAAGAGCCCGUCGUGGACAGUCAAGAGAGGGACUCCAGGGACCCUCUUGUGGACGAGAGCCUGAAGAGACAGGGCUUUCAAGACAAUUACGAUGCUAGACUCUCACGUAUCGACAUCGCCAACACACUAAGGGAGCAAGUCCAAGACCUGUUUAAUAAGAAAUAUGGGGAAGCCUUGGGUAUCAAGUACCCAGUCCAGGUCCCCUAUAAGCGGAUCAAGAGUAACCCUGGGUCUGUGAUCAUCGAGGGGCUACCCCCAGGAAUCCCGUUCCGAAAGCCCUGCACCUUUGGCUCCCAGAACCUGGAGAGGAUCCUUGCUGUGGCUGACAAGAUCAAGUUCACAGUCACCAGGCCUUUCCAAGGACUCAUCCCAAAGCCUGAUGAAGAUGAUGCAAACAGACUAGGGGAGAAGGUGAUCCUCCGGGAGCAGGUGAAGGAGCUCUUCAAUGAGAAAUACGGUGAGGCCCUGGGCCUCAACCGACCUGUGCUGGUCCCUUACAAGCUGAUCCGGGACAGCCCAGAUGCCGUUGAGGUCACGGGCCUACCCGAUGACAUCCCUUUCCGGAACCCCAACACAUACGACAUCCACCGGCUGGAGAAGAUCCUAAAGGCCCGGGAGAACAUCCACAUGGUCGUCAUCAACCAGCUCCAACCUUUUGCAGAAAUCUGCAAUGAUGCCAAGGUACCAGCCAAAGACAGCAGCAUUCCCAAGCGCAAGAGGAAGCGGGUCUCUGAAGGAAAUUCCGUCUCCUCUUCCUCCUCGUCUUCUUCCUCGUCCUCUAAGCCGGAGUCUCUAGCAUCCACCAAUCAAAUUUCACUUGUGGUAAAGUUGCACAAAUCUGGACUCGACCACUCUUCUCUUUGGCCUUCACCCCUCACUCGGGCAAGGCCAUCUACACCAGGAUGUGGGUUUGGGGUACAGGGAGGUACUGGACUCUGAGUGGGGCCUUCCAGCCUCGGAGGUGCAGACACAUCUGCCUGUGCUACCCCUGAGAUAGUCUGUUCCUCUCAUCAGGCGCUCACUGGCACCCAGGCCGGAAUUCACAUCCCGGUCAGGCAGCUGGGCCAGUCGAGGUCCAGGAGAGGGAUGGGACUUGCCCACACCCCCAGCAGGGCUCCCUGCCACGCCAUGACCCUGCAAGGUGCCGGUGCUACCUACAGUGUGUAGAUGAGGACAACAGGAGUCUGAGGGCGGGUGGACUCCACUGUGGCCCCGCUGUUCCCUGUUAGAUGAAGAACUCACUUCCAAAGCUCUGUCUGCCAUAGUACUGGGUUUAGUUCUUCCCCACCUGAAAGGAAACCUCAUUAAGGGCCUACACUGGAAAGGUUUUUAUUUCAAAAUACUAGCUUUGAAAUCCUGAGUCCAAAUGAGGAGAAUAUUUGAGCACAUUUGAAAAUGCUUUUGGAUUUCUUGAUCCUCUGACUGUAUCUCCCUUCAACACCAUCCUGGAGAACCCAAGACUUCAGGCUUUGCCUUUAACCCCACGUGGGUGUCUGAAUGCCCACAGAGGGUCCCUAGCUCCUGCAGCCCCUAGAGAGACAGGGCAGCUCUCAUGUGAGGUUGAGUUCACAGGGUGAACACCUGGGCUGAGCCAGUCCUCACGCUCUGGUCCCUAGGCCUGUGCCACGUGACCAGACCCUGGAACACAGGUGGGACAGUGAAAAGGCUCCAGCUCAGGCUCCAUGGCCACUACUGAACCUUGGACAGGUCACAUCCCCUCUCUGGUCCUCAGUGGCCUCAAAAUAAAUAGCAUCUGAGGAAGCCCUUCAGAAAGCAGAGUUAAGUGUUCUGGUAUUCUUUCUGCGUCACCUGGAAUCCUAACCCAGUACAUUUGUCCC